AUGGCAUCUGUUGAUCACAGCCUCGCGCCGAAUCGUGCCCAGCGUGGCUCUCUGGGUUCGAAGCUGGACGCCGUGCUGCAAGCUAAAGACCAAUCUUCCAAUGUGGCGGCCGGCGUUUCUUUGCUGGAGGCGUGCAUGGCCCAGUACGAGAGGAUACCGUGUCCGGAGCUGCCUUUGCACAAGAUACAGGCCAUCGCAGGCGGAAUCGAGGAAUCGUCUGCAUCCGUUGAAACUCCAGUCGUGACAGACUUUUUGGAGAAAGCGCUCAACUUCAUUUUGGAGGACUCGAUUGAGCUACAAUACUCCACCAGGGAGCACUAUGAAGUAGGUAUCGCAAGAUGCAUCUUCAGAAGGCUGAUAUUCUCUGUGCUAUUCACUCUGCUCAACCGGAUGCCCCGCGGCGACCGGAAGGAAGCCGAAAAUGACCUCUUCGGCAAACACGCCCCGCUCAUGGAGGCAGCAACCCACAAGCUGCUCACUAACAUCGACUUUGAGGAGAAGAUAUCGCUGGUGGAAUUAUUGUGGCGCGGUGUCCGCAGGGCUGGUAAUGCCAAGGCCACGAAGGCCAUGAGCACGAAGCCUUGUGUGGCAUUCAGGGGCAUUAAGUUGCUUAGUGCGAAAGAUUUCGAGAGGGAGGCUAUAUCAUGGUUAGAAAAGACCGGGUGCUUAAACGAGGACUUCGGCCUCUACAAACUAAAGGGUCGUUUGGAACUAAAAAUGUCGCAUGAAACAAUUUUUGAGCACGAUUUCACCGAGGUCAUUCUGACGCCUGCCCUGCUUAGGGUUCACAUCCUGGUUCUGGUCGAGCAGACCUGCUUGAAACUAGAAGUGCCAUUUUGUCACAUGAUUACUAUAAACAUCGAUGGCGAUAGUUUGGAGUUUGCCUUCAGGAUGGUACAUUCGCGCUUUAACACUGCUGGUCUGUGGAGUUUACCACUACAAGAAUGCGUAUCGCAACUGAUCGAUUCUGAUGAUUUGUUUGUCAUGAAAUUGAACUUUGUCGAUGCCAUAUCACCUCGCCUAUCGGCCGCUAUUAUGUCCGUCGGUAAAGUGAUUAACGUUAAAGAAGAAGAGGAAGAACUAUUCGCUGCGCAACCGUUCGUGCAGGACGAUGAGGCUGCUGUGUAUCAGAUUGUGUCUGACAGCGAGGAGGAGGAGGACGCACUGAGUGUCCAGGAUAAUGUGCAACUUCUCCCAAGCUCACUCACUUAUAAGGUGUCUGGGCGCCGCAAAGUGGACUCACGUCACGAUUUACAAGAUUCAGAUAGUAUAGAUGACUAUAAGUUCAUGGACAAGCUCUCUAAGCGUAUGGAUUGUAGGUUGCCGAAAGCCUCUGAUGCAGUCAACUCACAUGGUGCAGUUCCAUCAUCCCCCUCGACAUUGAGCUAUAAUCAGGCGUCGGUAUCGCUUUCUACAGAGGUCGAUGCAACUGCAUGGCCACACCACGGACGAGCCGCUUAUGGUACGCAACUUCUACGUGCUCCUAACGAUUCGAAGUUGAGCCUGGAGCACUACCGGGAGGUCAAGGCUAAGGAGCUUCUAUCAAUAUUCAAGCGAAUAUACCGUGACGAGUCCGACCAGGCAAAAGCUGAAAUCGCCAAGCUGUGCGCGGCGCAAGAAACUCAGCGGCGAGAAGCACAGGAGUCGUACCGCAAGGAAGUAGUGUCUCUCGUGAAGGAGAUCGAACUAAAUCACCAGGACCUCAUGGAUCAGCUGAAAAAGUUGCUGGGCGACUUUGACGCUCUGCGCAACAACAGCUUGGGCAAGGACGGCCGUAAGCUAGACAAGGGACGGGGUCUGGACAUCGGGAACUCCCUAAUCGCAAGCUCCAACGGUCUGAUAGAGAGCAUCCCCGUGAAAAAUUCGCCGCAGCCGGAUCCGGUUAGCGCGGCGGUAUCCUCGCAUCAGGAUGUUGUUAAGGUUCUAAAGACGACAAAAUUUGUAAAUGUUGCGAAAUUGGGCGAGUAUCUAAAUUCGGUAUCCGGCCCUAACUGUCGCGUGGUGGUCCAGCAAGUUCAGCAGGGGUCCGCGAUCGCAGAGCAGCUCGACCGCGCGCUGGAGGAGCUUCAGCAGUCUAAAGCUGCAUCGCCGACUCCCGGAUCUACUACGCCCGCGUGCUCAUAUUCGCAGCAUGCAACUACACCGGCUAGCACCCCUUCCGCUACACCCCCCCGUCUAUUGCAGCCAGUUUCCACUCCUGCCGCGGCAGCUGCUCAGACACUGCUGCAAGUAUACUCGGAAGACGGAAACAAGCCAGCAGCCUUCAUUCAACAGCAGUACCGAGCUACCGAGGUGAGGUCGACGGAGCACUUGUCACCCACUACACCGGUCCACCGCUCUGUCGGAUCAUCUGUGUUGACCCCCCAAAGCGGGGCGAACGUGGAUCCGAAUUCGGAACUUAAGGGUCGCGUUUCAUCGUUAUUAAUGCAGCUGAAGAACGUAAAUUUGGUUCCUAGCACUCCAGAGGCUAGGUUGGAGGUCGACGGUGCCCAGCACACAACAGUGGACACUUAUUCGUCCUUCCCCGAUGUUAACGUUAAGAAUGCAGGAGUACACAACGAUGGAGAACUCAGCAAAGCUAAUUCUCAGGAAUCUUCGAUGCGUAUUGAAGCCAUGUCUAACUCCCCCGUUGUGGUGUUGAAGUCACCUGUCACACCCCAAUCCGUGGCAGAGGAAUCAAGAUCGCCUUCGAAGGGGUGUUACGAGGUUUGCCAGGGAGCGAAUGACUUUUCUGCGGUGACAUCGUGCCAAAAUUCGGCCAUGUGUACAUAUAGGGAAACUCCCAACGUGGAAUCCACUCGAGGUCCCUCGCAGCAUGACUACACUAGCCUUCCCAUGCAGCGGCAGGGUUCUUCAGAGGAUUCCAUGUCUGCCCUGGCCGCGAGUAUGCAGAAACAAGCAGCUGUUCGGCCCAAUUACGAUACCUACAAUGAAGACAAAGUCGAAGGCAAAGUUGUGCGGAGGUUCAACGUACCUAUGCAUAAUGUCACUAAACCUGUGGAAGAACCCAGGAAUCCCAUGUUACGUCAAGAAAACGUUCAAGUUCCAACGUUAAACAUGCAGCCUCAGCAUAUGGGCAACCCCUCUAUGCAACACAUGCCCAGGCAACGCACCCAACGUGUCAAUCAUAUGCGCAAGGUAGGUCCCCGCAGAAAGGCCGUAGUGGUCGGCUGCAGCUACUACGGCGACCCUGAAGCGUGUCUACGUGGUCCGUGCAACGAUGCCAUGUUGUUUGCAUCAACAUUGGUCACCCACAUGGGAUACGACCCGGAUGAUGUUCUGCUGUUGAUCGACACCGAGCCUGCUGAGAUCUACACCCGGCAACUGGUUGUGAUGUCGUCAAGGCCAAAUCCGGCGCUUUCAUCGCGCCGCAACUCCAUGGAACGCCGAAAAACGGGCGUUAUUGGAGGGGUGUUGGGAGGCUUUAUCGACGAUGUGUUCAAGCGCGUGGUGCCCGACAGCGACUUGGAUGUGCCGGAGAUGUUGAUGCUCGAUUCGCCUGGUCCUGCUGUAGACGACUCCAAUCGACCAUCGCGUGCUAACAUUCUGAAGGCGCUAAGGUGGCUAGUAAGUGGCACCCGCCCCGGUGACUGUGGCGUGUUUUACUUCUCGGGGCACUCCGUACAGACCGACGAUAUGAGCGGCUGGGAAGGUGAGGGCUAUGACGAGGCGAUUGUACCAUGUGAUUAUAUGUCUUUCGGAGACCCGUCGCGGGGCGUCAUCCCGGCAGCACAGCUUCGCCAGGUUAUUCAGUCGGUGGACAAACGUUGCCAGAUGACCAUUGUCCUGGAUACCGUGGGCAUGCAGACGGCACUCGACCCUGCCGGCCGCAGCGGCCCAUGGCGCUACAUCAAGGGCGCCAUGUUGCGUGGCAUAUGGCCUCUAACCGAUGCCACUGGCAAGAUGCAGCGCGCAUCCUACGACGCUGAUGUGUGGCGCGAUGUUCAUAUGCAACAGCAGCUGGUACGGCCAAAGUUCCUGCCCAUGCUACAGGUGGACUGCGCCGCAGCGUUGUUGGACGGUUUUAUCUCGUCCAAUACCGGCGACGUAUCUUCCAAUUCGCUGUGCCUCGCCGCUGCGCCGUUCCAGGACGUUGCUGUCGAGGCGUUGUUCCGCCCGGUAUCGCUGAGCGGCAUUCCACUUGCGCCGAGUAUUUAUCAGGGAUGUGAGCAGGUUGUGUGUCAUGGCGUUUUUACGUACUGCCUAGUCACCACGCUGCUGAAGGAUCGUGCGUCCAAAAGGGGCGGUAUCACUGUGCGUGAGAUCAUAUCGGGAAUUCAGCGCCGCUGCAAGUAUUUGCGUUCUACGCGUUUGCCCAAGCUGAGCCAAGCGUGUGAGGCUACCGUACACCCGGCUGGUUUGGCGUCUGUUGAUGACUUCUUUUUGUCACCUUGGGGUGGCCGCGUGCUCGUUGACAGGACCCGCAAUAUCGCCGUGGAUAACCCUUUGAAGGCUCUCAGCGCCGGGUUGGGCGCGUUCCUGACGCUCCCGGAGGCUUGGAUGCAGCUGCACAACGAAGGUCGUAUGCGUGCCGUUGAGCAACGCGAGAAGUUCGGCCGGAUGCGCAGCGCCGUGGUGAACGGCAGCCGCAUGGUGACGGAGGACCUGCGCCAGAUGUUGCUGCAGCAACAACAGGCACAAUACGGCUACGCUUCACGCGUCCCGACUAACACCGUGAUGCUGGGACACGUGCCUCCGCAGCAAAGGAUGGAUGCAGGCAACAGCUGGUACGGCAAGGUAUCUGCGGCCCAAAGCCCGCAACAAAGACAGUCGCCAGAGUUCGAGCCGCGCCAGGGAUUCUACCCGACUCAGUGCCAACACCGCCGCCAGCAGAUGCAUGUGGUAACGCCGCACAACCACUACCAUCCGCAGCAGCAUUACGUGGUUGAGCAUACCAACAGCGUACCGAACCACGCCCAGCACUUCAACGGUCCUGCGACUGGCAUGCCUCUCGGGAUGACGUACCCCCCCGUUCACCACGUGCAACAUCACCAACCGGCCGAGGCAUACUUCGAAGCGUCACCGCCGCAGUUUGGAGCAUGCCAGCAACAGCAGCCGACGGCGCCCUUCAUGCACUUCGUCUCUCCACAUGAAGCGCAGAAGCACGAGCCCCGACGGAGGUCGUACCAUUGCCGCAGCAGCACCUCGACGAUGCCUGACAUCAACUGCCAAUCGCGUCCCACCGUCGUGCGCCACAACACAGGCUCCUGCAACCGCGGCAACGUCAAGCUGGCGGAACACAUCACGAGCACACUCGUGGCUCAGCUGCCCACCUCGCAGCACUACUAUUAA